UUCCAGGAAGUGGCCAUAUUGGAUCCAUUCAGCCGCAUCCAGCCGCGGCGGGGAGAGCGGCUGCAGCCCCGGCCAUGGCCGCCACCGACCUGGAGCGGUUCUCGAAUGAAGAGAAGAGGAACCUUUCCCUGGGGGGCCAUGUGGGCUUCGACAGUCUCCCCGACCAGCUGGUCAGCAAGUCUGUCACCCAAGGCUUCAGCUUCAACAUCCUCUGUGUGGGUGAGACUGGCAUUGGGAAGUCGACACUCAUGAACACCCUGUUCAACACCACGUUUGAGACAGAGGAGGCCAGUCACUACGAGAGCGUGGUUCGCUUGCGGCCACGCACCUACGACCUGCAGGAGAGCAACGUCCACCUGAAGCUGACCAUCGUGGAUGCAGUUGGAUUUGGGGAUCAGAUCAAUAAGGAUGAAAGUUACAGGCCCAUCGUUGAGUACAUUGAUACGCAGUUUGAAAACUAUUUGCAAGAGGAGCUGAAGAUCCGACGGUCGCUCUUCAACUAUCACGACACGAGGAUCCACGUCUGCCUCUACUUCAUCACCCCCACUGGCCACUCGCUCAAGUCCUUGGACCUGGUGACUAUGAAGAAGCUGGAUAGCAAGGUGAACAUCAUCCCGAUCAUUGCCAAAGCAGACACCAUCUCCAAGAGUGAGCUGCACAAGUUCAAGAUCAAGAUCAUGAGCGAGCUGGUCAGCAACGGGGUGCAGAUCUACCAGUUCCCCACCGAUGAUGAAGCAGUUGCUGAGAUCAACUCGGUGAUGAACGCUCAUCUGCCCUUUGCAGUGGUGGGCAGCACGGAGGAGGUGAAGGUUGGGAACAAGCUGGUGAGAGCCCGGCAGUACCCCUGGGGAGUGGUGCAAGUUGAGAAUGAAAGUCACUGCGACUUCGUGAAGCUGCGGGAAAUGCUGAUCCGAGUCAACAUGGAGGACCUGCGGGAGCAGACCCACACCCGCCACUACGAGCUCUACAGGAGGUGCAAGCUGGAAGAGAUGGGCUUCAAGGACACAGACCCAGACAGCCAGCCCUUCAGUCUCCAAGAAACAUACGAGACCAAAAGGAAAGAGUUCUUGAGCGAGCUCCAGAGGAAAGAGGAAGAAAUGAGACAAAUGUUUGUUAACAAAGUCAAGGAGACGGAGGCAGAGCUGAAGGAGAAGGAGAGAGAGCUGCACGAGAAAUUUGAGCACUUAAAAAGGAUACACCAGGAAGAGAAAAGGAAGGUGGAGGAGAAGAGGAGGGAGCUGGAGGAGGAGAUGAACGCCUUCAACAGGCGGAAAGUAGCGGUGGAAACCUUGCAGUCCCAAUCCUUGCAGGCUACCUCACAGCAGCCCCUGAAGAAGGACAAAGACAGGAAAAACUUUUUUAGUCUUCCCAGUGCGUGCUCCAUAACAUCAGGAAGAUAUGUUAAUUAGAAGAUUUAUUAAGGCCAAAACAUCUCAUGCAGAAGAAAUUAAUUGGUGCUUUCACCUUUAAGCUUGCAAUAUAUUGCACAGAAGAGAUUGUGUAGCAAGGACUAAGCUGCACCGUGCCUUUUGAUUGGGAAAAGUUGGCUUGAUCAGGUUUCUUGAUAAAGCUGAAAUCUAAGAUACUUGCCAAAAGCUAAAUUGCUAACGAGGGCUGCUGCAUGGCUGGCACUAACCUCCGCGCUCAUCUCCGGGCGAGAGCCCGUGCAGGGCAGUUAACACUGACCCAGCCUGCAGGGAGAUGGGGACAGAGCUGGGUCAGGGGGACAUCUCAGCUUGCUGCUUCAGCUGCUGCUCUGCGGGGUCCCUGUGGGUCCUCUCCUCUGUCUGGGUUUGGGGUGUAACUGCAGAACCUCCUAACAUCCCUGACCUCCCAGCCGGGUUCUCACGGCUCUGAGCAGUAACUCUUCUGUCUGGCUUUUUUCUGUAGACUUACAGGUCUGAUAACCAAAAUCCCCCAAACCCUUUUUGUUUCCUUCUCCUCGGGCUGCAGCCACGUGCCUCACAAGGUAACUCCCUGCCCACCUCUCUGGUACUCAGGUAACCCCCCUGGGCCAGUCUGGGCUCCAGCACCUCCUACUGGGAUGUGGUGGGGGAGAAUGGAACCAUCUGAAAGGACAACUGAAUGUUGAAUGUUAAUGGAGGGGAAAUGGUUUACAGCUGGAGACUCGGUGCUCCUGGUUGUGAGUUCUGUCUUUGUAACAGACUGACUUCCCUUGGCACGAGUACUUGUUUAAAGAAAAAAGAGGAAAAAAAGCAGGUGAUGUUUGUGUCCGGCUGAACUUCGCACAGGAACAGGGAGAGGCCCCAGUUGAUCUUCGUUUUAAAACAGCCUUGUAAAUGCAUCUCAGGAAUGACCUGCUUGUACCAAAGUUGGGUUUAAUAAAAACAAAACUGACUUGUUUAACAAACAUCUGUUAAAACCACCUUUGUAUGCUGGUUAUAUUCACACAGUGUGUCCCAAGCCAUGCUGCUCCCUGUUAUCCCAGUUUCCCCCUGCUAGCCCCAUUCCCCUCUAUAUCUGUUUGAUGUGGGGUGUCCCCUGUGCACCCCAGCAGCCUGCCUCCCUCCAGGCUGCUGCUUCCCAUGGGAACCAGCAGAAAACCAGCCCUUGGGAUGAGGUUUGAAGGAAGCUUGUACCCUGUCCCCCCACCUUGUGCUGGGGGUGAUGUGACAGGAGUGGGACAAGAUCUGGCUGUGGGAAGUGGGGUGUGGGACAGGAGCCCACGGGGGCUCCUGCUGAGCAGACUGGUCUCCAUCACCACCCCAGAGUCCUUUCAGGAUGGAGGGAGGAUGGUGGAGAGGCACUGACUGCCCCAGGCAGCUCCUGUCCUGGGGUGGUGUUGUACAGGACAGUUGCUGAAACCUGCAGCUGCCCUUGACAUAAAUUACAACUUGGAAGCAAAUCUGGGUGAGUAACAGGGAUGUGGCCGCUCUUAACCAUGGCAGGAACACACAGGUAAGCAGCACCCUUAGCCUGCCCAGGCCCAGCCAUGAGUGUUUGUUCCUUUAUCGUGACUCCAGCCCUGGGAUAGGUGGGCAGAGGGGACUCGUGCUGCCAGAGGAACAGCAGCAUAUCCUGGGAAAGCAGGCAGGCUCCGGAGUUCCUGUUUCCAUCCCAGUAUGGCAUCUUGCACCCUGACUGGGAACACAGGACCCUGAUGGGCCUUUAAGCACUGACUGCAGAAUUAACCCCCUGGUACUGUACACUUUGGGAGGUUGAUCGUGCAGCUCUGCAGAGGUUUUGAGAAGGCGGUUGGUUUGUUCAUGGUUUUCCAUGUGUCAUCCAGCUUAUGGGCAAGGAAUGAUGUGCACAGGCUCAGAGCUGGGGGAGAAAACAUGAGCUGUGGUGGUUGUGGUCUAAUAUUACAGCAUGUUCAUUGCUGUGUGUAGGAUUCUUCUGCUGGUGUUCCACUGAGUAACACAGCUGGUGAAGAUGCUCGAGAUAGGGCAAAGGGAAGGGUGGAAAGCAGAACCAGCCAUGUGUCCCAGCUUCCUGGAGGGACCUGUGUAGGGCUUGGGUUGGGCUCUUCAGGGAGCACACCAAGAGCCUGCAGACCAAGCUUGUUUUAUUGAAUGAAACCUACAAAAGACAACCUGCUUCCUUCUAAAAGUCAGGCAGUCAGGAUACAGCUUGUGCUGGAAAAGGAAGGUGCUGCACUGGUGGGAGGAAGAGCCCUCCCAUGAACCCACAGCCUUCCCCAUGGUACGUGGGCAGGGUGACCAAACACUUGCCAGCACACAGCUGCCCAGCCCUGGCUGCGCAGGCACCUCGUGAACCUCCUCUGAUCUGAAACCAGGCAGCAGGUCCUGCUCCUGUGGCACCCCCUGGCCAGGGCAGAGAUCCCCCCAGCAGCAGAGUGUCCACGGGCUGUGGCAGCUCGGAGCUGCCUCUCGGGACCUCCUUCGCUCUCACCGCGAGGUCACGUCACGUCUGCUCACAGGGGCCUUUUGCACCAAGUCUGAUCCUGCCUGUGUCUCUGGAACACUUGGGCACUGCUUUCUCCCUGGUGUGAAAAGAACAGCGAGGCUUUCUCCCUGCACUUAGACAAAGCCCACCCUGUUCUCGGUGCCAGUUCUGGCAAAUGUCAAACUGGAGAAAGCCAGUGACCAGAGCUGCUCGGGACAUCAGUCCUGUACAGCUUGGCAUUCAGGAACUCCUCUUCUACAAGGUAAGAUGAUGAGCAAGGGAAAGAAGGCCAGAAACUUUCCUCCUGUGCUGGUGAGUGGUGCUGCUAAGCAGCAAGAGAGUCUCCUUCCUCCUCUCUCAUUCCUGUCCUGUUUAUUUCCCUGUGUUGUGACAUGAGACACCUGCUCAGCAUUUAGCCUGUGCUGGUCCAUAUAAAACCUUUCCUGUUCUGUGGCAGGACUUGCAGGUGUGGUGGUGUUGUCCAUCCAGUGCUGUCUGGAUGACACCUUCACUCUAGGAUAACAAUCACCUGAAAAUGCUGGUCCUGUUCUCUAAAACAAAACCGUAGAAAUUAAGAAAACACACAUUCUUUAAAGUUCUUUUCAAGUAAGGCUGUUUUUUGAAGGUGAAAUAGAGGUUCAAACUGCUGUUUGUAGUUUGUAAAACUGCUUUGCUGGGGAGGUGAGCAGCUAAUUCAAACUAAUGUGGUAGUGGUAGGGAAUUAAUGAAAGUCAUUUUGUAUUGUCCAGACUGGUAAGACAGAACAAAUGUAAAACUCCCCAGGUAGCAUGUGCUGGUUGGUGAAAGCCCAAGGCAACGGUGAUUGUGGCCAAGAAGUGAUUUCCCAGAGCUUGUGGGAACUGGGUCUUUAAUGGCUUAACCAGAAAGAGGACAGACAGCAGAGCCCUGGGUUCCUUAAGAAAAACUGGAGGGUUUGGUUCUUUAUCUUCUCACUACUAAAUCAAAACCUUGGCUCCACCUGAGAACAGCUGGUAGGGAGCCAGCAGUGGGAGCUGCCCCUUCCUCAGCAGCUCCUGUUCCCUCUCCCAUGGGGCAAGUCAGAUUAGCUCUAAUAAGGGAACAAUGGAGGGAGCUGGAUGAAAGGCUCAGCCUGGCACUGCAUCACAGCUGGGUUCAAAAUAACCUCGGAGGCAUCUGGUUUUCUCUGCCAGCGUGGUCCCUGAGUUGUAGGGUUGUCACCAAGUCCCUCCUGUCCCCAGGCUUCUGUACUUAUGAGAUGCUAAAACCUGAGGGCCAGCACACCCUGCUUGGGAAGGACAUGGCAAAAAAAAGGAGAGAUUUUGUCACUAUCCUCUGAAAAACACAGCAGCACUUCUGCUCUGUUUUGUCAGCUGCUCUGUUCACUGGGACCUACUGGUUCUGCAGUUCCUGCUUCCAAGGCAGUAAUUCUCUAGGAAUUCUGACUAGUCCCUUCCAGGUGGCUGUAAGGGAGGACACGGGGAGGCACGAGCCACCCACCUUCACCCUCCCACCACUCAUUCCCCCAUCCUCACUGUACAGGUGUCUGAAUCCAUCACAGUACUCCUGUCUCUGCGGUGUCAUCGGGACUUGGGGCUGUAGUGGGUGUGAGAGGUGCUGAAUUGGGGGGGUUAUAGCAACCCUCACGUGAUGGGAAUUCUUUAGUCCAGAAGGGUUGAGGUGGGGUUGCCUUGCCUGGGAAGGGCCCUGGGUGGCUUGACUGAUGGCACAGAAAAUACGAAGAGUAUUGAGGGACUGCAAGCAUGUUGGCUUUUGGUCCACGAGCUCUUUUCAGUAGAUGAAUUCAGAGCUGCUGACCUUUAAGGAAAGAUGCAGAUUUUUGUGUAAGUUCAUGGUAAAUUAUUUUCUCUUCUGGCCACUGCUCCUGUAACUCUGUAAUUAGGGGGAGGGCAGGGCCAGGCUGGAUGGGAUGCCUCAGCAGAUGCUAUCAGCAAUAUGCAUGUUGGCCCUGCUGCAAAACACCUCACCAGGAGCUCCUGAGCUGUGACACAACAGGUGGGCAAACGCUCCCUCUUUGCAGGAGGUGAUAACUGCCAGGAGGGACAGCAGGAGACCAGGUUAAUUCAGGGUCAUUCAAGACCACCCAGUGGGUCGAUGGCAAACUGACAGCCUGGGUCUUUAGUCUUCUAGGGGUACUCUCUUGAGAGGCAUGUGUCCCAUGAGACUGGAGAACACUAAAAAUAAAACACACUUGCUUUUGGUGUCUCUCAUUAGAAGCCAACGUGGUUACAUUUCAAAAGCAAUGUAACUGGACUUAGAAGUUUUUGCAGUGUCCAGGGGGAGGCUGGGGACAGAGCGGAGGCCAAGUCAUCUGGAAACCUCCUUUCCCUGCAUUUCUCUUCCCUCUUUUGUUAGUACCAGCAAGGUCUGCAGCAAAGAACAUGGACACAGUCUUCUUGGAAGGCUUCUCAAGUGCAAUGUUGGUUGUUCCACACACGUGCUUUAUUAACUUCUUGGUGUCCUGGCCUCAAGAUCUGUGACCAAAGGCCGUUUUGCUUCCUACCUGUGCUUUU